AUGUAUGAUUUACCUUAUAACUCAUGUGUCCACUCUGAUCAUCGCGGAUCAGGUGUAGGAUACGGCUACACUGGCGAAGAAUCCAAGAUUGACCAUCAUGAGGAUCAUGGUGGUUCCAUCCAAUUCAGCAUUCAGUCCAACGAGCAACUGCAACAAGAGCAGCCGCAACUAUCUGACAUAGAAAUGAUUCGGAGAAGGGCCUUGUUGCUGAAACAGAAAUUCCAUAUGAUUGGAAGAUAUGACGACCUACUCGAUAUGGACUCAUUGUAUUCAGAAUCCGUUGGCGGAGAGGAUCAUGCUGCCUUGAAUGAAGACAAUAACGCUACAACCCUCAUGGGCAGUAUCGGUAUUGAUCAAUAUCACCCUGAGCCUGUGACCCAUAACACGCAGCACUCUUUUGGGUCUUUGUAUUCUGCUUCGUCGUCGUCUCAGAGCGAUGAGGAGAUUGCAGAGAAAGUAAAUUUGUCAAAACAUGAAUUGAGUAACGGGUCGACACGAUCUUCCGUCGAUGGAGAGGCAAUUCGGGCCUCACCGAAACAGUCAAUUCGUAAAUUCCAGAGUGAUGCCAGUUUUGGCACUGAUCCAGAGAAAUCUUUGGGCGAUAGGAAAGAAGCCGAGCCAACAAAUGAAUACCGCUUCAAAGUCAAGAAGGCAACAACAAUACAGCCAGCAAUUUUCUGCCCAAGGGAGGAAGAAGCUGACGUGGAUUCCUUGUACUCUCUUUCGCACGGAGAAAUUGAGGAUAUACUGGAGGGCCUAGAAAACGAGGCCGAGAAUGGUUUAGUAUUGGCCGAAAAGCUAAAAGACAAGCGAAGCAAGGAAGGUGUUGUCAGGAAGGACAUCCUAAAUCUUGUGACAACUACACCCCGGUACCAGCCCAGAGAGCAGGAUUCUAUUUCCAUCCAGUCGUUCGCUACCGAUGAAUCAGAUGAUGAGUAUGGUUUCGAUGAUCUCGCUUGCGUUACUCAUGACGAAUCUUGUCGUCAUGAAAUGCAGCCAAAGUCAACGGCGAAGUGCUUAGCAAGUGACUUGAAAAGAUCAAUUGACACGAGCCAGAAGCCAGCCGAGCAUCCAACACCAUUGGGAACCAAACCAGACGAAAAUGCGUGGAGCUCACAACGAGUGGAGCUUUUCCUCAACGAGUAUAAGAAUCUACACCAACGUAAGCAGUCAGAAGUUGCAGCUCUGGAGUCUCGAAUGCAGGAGUAUGUUGUACGCGAAGCGGAAAUGAAGAGGGAAGCGAAUGCAGGGCUUCAACAGAGUAAAAAGGAGCAACUAGAGCUUGCCAAAACAAAAGAAUCUCUCAAUGAAGCAAAGAAAUGCUUAGCAUUAAAAGAAUUGGAUUGCGAUUAUCUGAUGAGGGAGAAUACCAAACUGAAGCAGAAGAAUACGGAUCUUAUUGUGUCGAUCCAAGAAUGCAAAUCUGACGCUGCUGCAAAUGAUCGACGCAUGAAGCGUGAUUACCAGGACCUGAAAGAAACCCAUGUGAAGAUGUCGCAAACGCUAGAAUACAGGCUUACCAGAUUUCAAUGUUUGGUCCAAGAUCUUCAAGAUCAUAGCAGAAAACUCGAACAAGGCCAAGGUAUAAAGCUUGAGGAGAUGAAUGAAAAGCUUGGCAAACAAAAGACGAUUACCAAUCGGUACAAGAAAAAGUACCUGACCGUUUGUGAAAAGCGUGACACCAUGAACGAUGAUCUCAAGUCGCAAAGAGAAAGGAUCGAAGCCCUAGAGAAGCGGUUACAGAAUCAGAAGACGUCCACUGCAACAAAGAUUGCAGACCUCAAAAAGAAACUUCGCAAAAAGAAGAAGUCAAAGAAAGGGGUGAAGAAGACAGAUGCUGUAUGUUGCUAA